GAUUGAAAUUUGACCAAUCACAGUAAAGUUUACUAAUCCCAAGCUUAGUAACGUUUAUUCUAAUUGGUCAAAUUUCAAUCUAAUCUCAAUCCUCAAUCCGUAGUCUGACACGGGCUCAGAAGGGGACAAAGCCGCUCACUUUCAGCAUUUUCGCCGUAGCUGUAAGAUAAGACAGAACUGACCCCAGGAAUCGGAAAGGCCCGGCACCGCCGCGUCGCGUCGCGUCGCGACGCGAAUCGCCGCGGGCGGGCACGGCCGGUGCGCGCCGGGAAGGGCGGUCUGAAAGCGUCAGCGCGAAACGCCGCGCGACUCCGCCUUCGACUCCCUUCACGUCGUACCGCACGCGCGCGCCGCGCCGCGCCGCGCCGCGGAGCGUAGCCGCGGUCCGGCCGUCUCUUUCGCGGCAGCAGUCUCGAUCUCGCCUCUCGCCUCGGUCUCGUCUCUCCGUCGUCGCUCGCGUCCAGUUUCUCGCGCCCGCGAUCGGCCCGCCCGGAUCCGCCACGCUACCGGUGCCGGACCCCCGGUUUCCGCGGAACCGCGUCGUUUCGCUCGCGGCGAAACCCGGUGAACGCAGUGUGACUCGACGAAGGAAUUCUGCGAGUUUCCUCGAGCCCGAACGAGCCGCGCCUCCGCAACAAGAUUUUCCGAACUGUGCAUUGCGGCUCGAGGGAAUCUUUCGGCUGCCACGAGCGACUACGUCCCGAAGAUGUAAAGCGUGAGAUCGCGACGCCGCUCCUGCGAUGCGCCUCCACGCCGCGUUGUAUCCAGGACGAUUAUAGCCUUCCUCUCUAACGACUCGCGGUAUUGUGCGAAUUGUGUCGCCGAUGUGAAACGAGUGAUUACGCCCGCCACGAACGAUCCCGGGAGCAUGAAACGAUCGCACGGCUCCGAAGUGUCAGUGAAACGAGAUCGCGGACAUUAAGAGUUCGACGGUAGUCCGUAGGCCAUUGUUCCACCCUUAUCCGUUGGAGCCGUCGGCGGUGCAAUUGUGGAGAUCCCGACCGGCGAUUGGGUGCAGCUGCAGCAGCAUCGGGUAAAUGCAGCGGCGACGGCCGACGCCUUUAUGAAUUACGUCGACCGGUCCAGGAUGGUCUCGCACAUCAUCCCCGUUUCCGGGGAGCUGCAGCAGGGGAAUGGCAAUCUGAGCGCCACGGGUCUCAGCGGUAUGCAGGACUCCCAUUCCCUGAAGCUCAGCAGCAUGCAGGACUCUCAUUCCCUGAAGAUCAGCAGUAUGCAGGACUCUCAUGCCCUGAAAAUCAAACAGGAGCCGUUUCAGCUGUCGCCGCCGUCGCCCCUGCCGACCCUUCAUCAAGUAAGCAGCUUCGUGUCUGAACUACAGAACUGUAUCAGCGGCAACGCGAAGGAUCUCGACCCGUCGUCGGUUCCCAGCGGCCUGGGCCGCGGCUUAACGUCGCACCAUGCCUCCCUGAGCCACCACCACCAUCACCACCACCACCACCAUCAUCCCCAUCACAGUCUGCACAGCCCCAGCUCGGUGGUCUCCAUGAACACCACCACCACCACCACCGUCGGCGCGACGCACCGUCACCUGAACGACAAGGGCUCGUCGCCCGGUGCCCUUCACAGUACGACCAAUAGCAAUCCCUCCACGCCGUCCGCACCCUCCACGCCCACCGCGGCCGUCACCGAUAGCACCGCGGCCACCGUCGCGACCGGCACGAACGACAGCGCUAACGAUACUUCCCCCGUCACCAACAGCAAACCGCCCUACAGCUACGUCGCCCUCAUCGCCAUGGCGAUACAGCACAGCGAGCACAAGAGGGCGACCCUCAGCGAGAUCUACGGCUACAUCACCGCCAAGUUCCCGUAUUUCGAGAAGAACAAGAAGGGCUGGCAGAAUUCGAUCAGGCAUAACUUGUCGCUGAACGAGUGCUUCGUAAAGGUGCCCCGGGAGGGUGGCGGCGAGAGGAAAGGCAAUUUCUGGACACUCGAUCCGCAGUACGAAGACAUGUUCGAGAACGGCAACUACCGAAGGCGAAGACGAAUGAAGCGUCCCUACAGAAGCGCUGCGUACCACAAGCCAUACUACAGCGACCCGUUCUCGGCCCCCGUGCACCUGGGGCCCAGAAACAUUUUCGGCCACUCGCCCCCGUCGUACGCCCCCACCGCUUACACGCGAUACGACCCGAGCGCAUGGAGUCUCCAACAGCCGCAACUCUCAUACAGCCAUUGCCAGUCGCUGCAGCCGCAAUUGCAGCCGAUGCAGUCGAUGCAAAUCCCGCCUAUGAACGGCUACGGCCAACUGGGUACCUCGUUAAGUGAGUCACUAUUCUCGCACUUUGCACCCUCUUUUGCCGAGCGGUGUAAUGCUGAACGACCAGACAAAGCGUUUCAAGGCAAUUACCUGGAUGUUCCAGGUGGAACAACCGGGUCGCCCGGUUCCAUGGGCGGCGGCUCCUUCAGCAGCAGCUUCACCGCGUGCAGCAGGAGGCACGAGUCCGCGAUGACCACGGACGCGAUGCCCGGGAGAUGCUACUGGCCCGAGAUGGUGAAGGAGGAACCUGGGACCAACACCGUGUCGACCAGUGGCGUCGGCGUCGGCGGCAUCGGGGUCCCGUCCGGCAUGAUGGGCUCCGCGACGUCGUCGGGCGUCUCCACGACGGGAUUCGUGCCGGUGGAGUUCCAGACGCGUUCCAAGUGCUUUAUGUGAACACGAGAGGAACCGCCGUCAAAUAGCAGCGCGUGCUACGUGACGAACCGACGUUGCGAGGAUCGAGGGACGAUCCUACGUGAUCUAUCGCGCGACGCGUUAGAUCGCGACGAGAUGCUGGAUUCGCUAUUCGACGAACGGUGAGCGGGAUGCACGCGACCCGUGAGCUCGCACCUUCCGCGAAUUAACGCGGAUUAAUGCGGAAUUAUAUUUAACAAAUAUUAUCGAGUAAUAUCUGAUAAUCGUUUAGCGAUGUUAUUGGAUGGUCGUUCGCGAGUCUAACCGCGCGGGGGAAAUACAAGGUAAACGUUUGUGAAGCUCGUUUGUAACUGCUAUUGUUGUGUUAAUUCGAUGUUAAAGGUAUGUACCUCGUGCAUCUUUACUGCGUAGAUGCGCUCGUUAAAUACGUAAGCGGCACGCAGCCCAGCGAUAAAUGACGUCAAUCGUUGUCGAAACGAUGUCGAAUCGACGUCGAAUUUGACAGUGUCGAUUCGACAUCGUUUCGACGAAUCGUUUUUCACUGGGAGUGGGGAGGGGGAGGGUGGUCGCGCUUAUCAAUGCGAAAUAUUGCGACGCGGUAUGGUACUUCCUCGGCGAUCCCCCGCAUCCCUUUCGCGAGAGUGACGAUCGCGCUUGUUGCGGCCUCCGAGAUCGGCCGCGUGGAGUAAGAACAGGGGCGAAAAAUGAUUUCUCGGCUUUACCCUCGUUUUUUCCAACGAUCUAACACGUUUGAAAAUACCUCUAUCUUCGCACAUCGUUUUCGACCGCUAGACAGUAUUUAAUAUCUUGGGGGGGGGGAGAGAGAGAGAGAGAGAGAGAGAGAAGCUAAGGAAGUUCGUUCGUUCACAACGGAAACGAGAUAUCGUUUCGAUCGCGAUAGAUAGGUCGCAUUUCUGGAUUAAUAAUUCUGGGAGAGGGAUACGUUAUUCCAGAUACGAGAGUUACGAUAAUGUGCAACAUUUUUCGAGACUUUUCGUACCCUUUGCGCUGAAGCGAGCGAUACUAGUUCUAUUGCGAUAUGAACGUUCGCGGAACGUUUUCUUAGGGCCAAUUUCACAAACGUCGGUCGACUGUUAACUAGAGUUGUCGUCGACUCCCUAUCUUUUUCUUCCAUCUAAGGCCCGGUUUUACGCGUCGCGUAACUUUAAUCUUACCGUUAGUUUACGUUUCUAAAGUAACAGUUACCAGUGAGAAAUGUUUCGUCGAGAUGAUAUCGAUUGACGAGUGAUUUCUCACUGGAUUGGAAAGAGACAAAGAACGAAUUAAGCUAAGCUGAAAGUUAAACAACGUUGGUGAAACCAGGCCUUAU